CCAGCUGCUUAUCAGUCUGCUGCGUCUCCUGUUGAGAACUGAUGUUGUUUUUCUGCAGGUCAGUGAUGAAGUCCCGCAGAUCUGCUCUGUUGAUUCUGAUUUUAAUGAUCAUCACUACACUCAUUACUGAUGCUCCUACCGUGAUAGCGCCUCUCCGUGGCUCUGCUGUUCUGCCGUGCUCUGUGAUAUGUUCUGGAGUGGUGAGAUGGACGGUGUUUCGUAAACGUUCUGAUGUUCUUGCUGAGUGUGAUCAGACUUCCUGCAGAUCAGUGAAGGAGGGAUAUCAGAUGAUCUAUAAUCAAUACCUGCAGGGGAAUCUCUCUCUGAUCAUCACUGAAGCUGAUUACAGUAAGAGGGACUGGUACACAUGCGAGUGUGAUGGUAGAGACAUCUGUGAUGUGCGCCUGCAGAUUGAGCCUCUGAAUUCUACAGUUCAGAAGAUCUCUGGUGAUUCUCUGGUGAUGAGGUUGGAUGUGUCAGAUCCAGUGCAGGUGAUUUAUAACAGCAGUACAGGUGCAGCUGCUGGAUCCAGUGAUCAGAUCUGUACAGUGGAUGGAGAAUCACUGCAGUGUAAACCUGAAUAUAAACACAGAACAUCUCUAUUAUCUGUUCUGGAGCUGAGAGGAGUGAAUGAGUCUGAUAGUGGAGUUUAUACUGUUAUCGACACCAUUAAUAAAGAGGUCAUUCACAUCUACACUGUGACUGUUACAGAUGUGCAGCAGAGCUGGAUCUGGAAGGAUGGAUAUGAGAGGGGAUACAGGGAUGGGUACCGGACGGGAUUAGCUGCUGGAGGAGCCGGAUUCGGGAUCAGCUUUCUGGUUUUAGGUUUUAUUUUUGGAUGGUGUGCUUGGAGUAGAAGAAUUCAUUUCUCAAGAAACUGAUCUUACUUAAAAUUACACUUAUGUGCAGCCUUUUUGCCUUUUCAGGCAUCAAAGCACACUUAAAUUAUAAUAUACAGACUCUUACUUACACUCAGCACACAGCCAAUCAACACACACCGGUGAGAAGCAGCAGCCAAUCAUCCACAUCAUACUCUCAACCGGAAACCACCGUGAACGUGCUAACUGACCUGAGGAAAGAGUGAGUUUCUGACAUAAGAAAACGGCAGCUAGAAGUUUGGAGAAUUGGGAGCUUCUUUUAUUAAAUGUUUACUUGUUUUUUGAGGUUUAAAGACAGAACCACUGAUGUGUUAUUCACCUCAUCCUGCCACGCCCAUUUAGAAGAGUUGAUUGCUCUUGUUUUUGUGUUAGAAUAUCUGUUGUUUUCACACACAACUCUCACAGAAAGAUGAUAGAGGAUAGAGCUUCUUAUAUGGGAAUUUUGGUUGUUGAUUUG